GCUUCACAAUCCGACAAAACCAUUUUCUUCUCCCAAUGUCUCAGACUCAAUGGCUCCCUUUGUAAUAUUCCUUCAAAACCGUUCCCUUUUCUUAACAACCCUCAAUAACAACAACACUCACUUCCAUUUAUUUUCAGUUUCACAUCAAAGGGUCUUCACUUCAAACUGUCUUUGAGAAAAACACACAACAAAAAAACAUAACACAAAGAGAAAGAACAUAACAUAACACAAGAGAGCUAUAGCAACAGUUUUUUAGUUUCUACUUCGAUUUAGCUACGAAAAAACAAACCUUUUGUGUUUAACCAAUUUUUUGAUAUACCCUUUUUCUGUUAACCAUUUUUUUCAUCUAAAAUGGAGAAAAUGAUACCUCUUAACAACCUUGAAUCUCGUGGGAUAGUGUAGUUUUCAUCAAAGUUUUCAUCUUUGUUUGUUUUUGCUACAAGCUUGUUCUGUAGUUAUUGUUCUUCUUUCUUUCUCUACUUUUUUACUCUCUCUCUUUCUCUCUCUCUCUCUCUCUAUAUAUACCGGAGGAUGGAAUUCCGGUGCAAGAAACUGACAGUAGUGAACUUAGAUCCAGAGAGAAAAAGAAGUGGUGGUUUGAGGACAAAACAAGCAGGGAGAGGAUCGUGUCGUGGUAGUUAGUUUCUAGGUGAAGGAAAAACAAAACAUGUUUCUUCUUUGGUUUUGAGAGUUACCCUUUUGUUCAUUCUUAGUUCUGAAUGCUACUUUGAAUCCAUUGGUUUGGAAAAAGUGAAAAUUUGAGAUAAAAUAUGGGGUUUUUGUUGAAAGAAGCUUUGAAGACUCUUUGUGCUAGGAAUCAAUGGUCUUAUGCUGUUUUUUGGAAGAUCGGUUGCAAUAAUUCAAAGCUGUUAAUCUGGGAAGAUUGCUACUAUGAACCUUUGCCAUCAACUUUCCUUCCGCAAAAUGUUGGAACGUCUAAUUUGCCUUACCAAGACAGGGAAGGGUGCUGGUUUUCUUCCGAUUCUCAGCUAAGGAUUCAAGAGGACGAUAGAGUCUGCUCAUUGAUUAACAAAAUGAUGGUGAAUAAUUCUGUCAAUGUUGCUGGUCAAGGGAUACUUGGACGGGCUGCAUUCACAGGAAAUCAUCAAUGGAUUCUUUUGAACAAUUUCAUCAAAGACGUAUAUCCACCAGAGGUAUUAAAUGAGGUGCAUUGCCAAUUUUCAGCUGGAAUGCAGACAGUGGUGGUUAUUCCUGUGCUUCCCCAUGGGGUUGUUCAACUUGGUUCUUUCUUGCCGAUAAUGGAGAAUAUCGGAUUUGUCAAUGAUGUGAAGAACUUGAUCUUUCAAUUGGGACAUGUUCCCGGUGCACUUCUAUCCGAAGACUAUUCAACAAGACUUUCAAGUGAAAGACACACCGGAUCUGUGACUGAUUCUGUUCCUGUGUCUUCUAAUCCACACGUCAUUACCUCAAACUGCGUUCCCUUAGUAGCUAAUGGAUCGAACCAACCAAGUAAUUCAUUGAAUAGUACAAUGCCUGUUCUAAGGGGAGAAAUAAAUAGUUACCAUAGUUCUGUAUGGACACCUCAAUCCCAAAACCUAAACCAGAUAUUUGAUAGCAUUUGCCAACCAAAGGCUCAACGAGAGAAUACAACUGUGAAGGCUGAAGCUGAAGUCAUACCUGCAAGUCUUGAUUCUUCAUGUCUGCAACGGCGUUCUGUUUCAUAUAACGCAAGAUCUGCAUUCAAUGAAUUAACUGAUUCCAAUCUGAAUGGUUUCGGUCUUAAACAAAUGGAGCAACAAGUCUUAUCAGGUAUUGGGAGGCAAAGUCACGGUAACCCUAAUAUGAAUCCAUCAUCAAGUGUCUUCAAUAUGUCUCAACCGAAAACCGAUGGUGGUAAAAUUUAUUAUCAGAAUUCUAACAACACUUCACUUCUUGGAGGAAUCCCAAUUUGUAGUAGUGGGAUGAAUAGUAAUAUUUUAAGGACAAAUAUGAUUAACUGCUCAGUUUCAAACCUUCCUGAAUUAUCCACUACCGAUUUUUCUGGAAAACAAAAAGUAGGGUUUGGAAUUCAAAACAAUAAUUCAACUAAAGCUGCCAAUCACAUGCAUCUAGAAGGCUCUUAUCAGAAGAAUCUUCCAGUUGAUUUAAAGCAUGAUCAAGAUGCUUUGGCUACCUCGGAUCAAAGGAUAGAUGAUUUGCUUCAGUCCCUGAAGAUUCCAUCACCGUCUCUUUAUCGUGAGGAGCAUGUGUCUAUGAAUGAUCACAUCCCUGAUUUUCUUCGUGAUUGCCUCGAUAAAGAUGUUACUAACCAACACAUGAAGACAAAUUUUGAACACGGAGAAGCUUGUACGCAACUUUCAUCGGGUGAUGAUGACUUGUUUGAUGUCUUGGGCAUGGACUUCAAAAUGAAACUGCUGAAUGGAAACUGGAAUACAUUGUUUGCGGAUGAAUUGGAUGGCAAUGCAGAAACACUGGAUAAAAAGGCAAUGUCUACGAAUUUUCCGAUUGUAGGUCACGAUAAUAUUUAUCCGGUUAAUGAAGCAAUAUCAGGCAAUGGCAUCUUCUCAGGAACAAAAUCUGAUCACCUCUUAGAUGCCGUGGUCUCGACGACUCAAUCUGUUUCCAAUCAGAAUUCUGAUGAAACGUCGUGCAGGACCACAGUAACAAGGAUUAGUACCGCAUCUGUACCAUCUACCAGCAUGCAAAUUAUGCGCGAUCAUGUUAGUCAGGGGGGGUUGUUUGAUUUUCCCAAGACGGAGGUCAAAACAAGCCCUGCGGAAACAAGUUCUAUUAGAUCUGGCUGCAGCAAAGAUAAUGUUGGAAACUGUUCUCAAACCACUUCAAUAUAUGGUUCUCAACUUAGUUCAUGGGUGGAGAGUGGUAGCAGCAAUGUGAAGCGUGAAAAUAGUGUUUCAACUGGAUACUCUAAGCGACCAGAAGAAGUUUCCAAAUCAAACCGUAAAAGGCUUAAACCUGGAGAGAACCCAAGGCCUCGACCCAAAGAUCGCCAAAUGAUUCAAGAUCGCGUGAAAGAGUUACGUGAAAUUGUGCCUAAUGGAGCAAAGUGUAGCAUAGACGCUCUUCUUGAAAGGACCAUCAAACAUAUGCUUUUCUUGCAAAGUGUAACAAAGCAUGCUGAUAAGCUGAAACAGACGGGGGAAUCCAAGAUUGUUAGUAAAGAAGGUGGAUUGUUGUUAAAAGAUAACUUUGAGGGAGGGGCUACAUGGGCAUAUGAGGUUGGCUCACAAUCAAUGGUUUGCCCUAUCAUAGUUGAGGAUCUUAAUCAUCCCCGUCAGAUGCUAGUCGAGAUGCUUUGUGAGGAAAGGGGUUUCUUUCUGGAAAUAGCCGACUUAAUCAGAGGAUUAGGGUUAACCAUCUUGAAAGGGGUCAUGGAAGCUCGCAAUGACAAGAUCUGGGCACGCUUUUCUGUUGAGGCAAAUAGGGAUGUAACAAGGAUGGAAAUAUUCAUGUCACUAGUUCGACUUUUGGAGCAAACAGCAAAGGGAGGCGCAGCUUCAUCAAAUGCUCCAGUUGAUAACAUGAUGGUUUAUCAUUCUAUCCCACAACCCACCUAGUUUUCUUGGUCUGGAAUGUUGUUGAGAGCACAUAUGCUUGCCAUGAUUGACAUCAAAUCUAGUCUUAUUAGACUUCAGGUGAUAUUAACUUUCUCUAACCGCAGUUAGUGAAGAGCAUCUCAAGAUUAAUAUGCCUUCUGUACUUUGCCAAGAUAGCGUGAUACGUUAGGCAACUAUUAGUUAACUUGCAUUUUCUUUUUCUUUGCUGUAAUUUGAUUGGUGUGUUGGUGUUAUGAUUCAGAUGUAUAGAUAUUGUAGGAUUUGGACAUAAGGGGGGUUAAGGUGUUUACCAUCAUCAGCCUAUGCAAUUAUUCUUCUUUUUGACCUUUUUUUCUUUCUUCGAGUAGUGAUAUUUUGUUGUGUUAUAAAAUACUAAUGUUAUAAAUAUUAGCUUUGUGUGGUUUGUAUU